UGCUGAGGCCUGUCUCCCUCCUUAUUGCAGCACAGGCAAGACAUCGCAUUCUCCUCUGAUCACUGUCAAGGACUAUCUUUUUGAGAAGUGUGCGUGCAUGUGAGAGCAGGAAUCUGGCAAGUAGUCAAAGAGGACUACCACACCCUGGGAACAUUAUUACCAGUGGUAGGGCUGAAUGUAGCAGCUGAUAUUUUCAUUCUCAUGCUAUGUUCAUUAUGUACUUAUUUCUGAGCUUAAACACAAGGAUUCAUCUUUUGCUUUUCUCUGCUCUAGUUGUUUGUUGCUUUUCCUUCAUUCUACAGCACUGUGAUUUGAUUCAGCACCCACUAGGCCUUGUUCGUCUACACACGUGUCUUUGCUAAUGAAUGCAUUGAAUGUCUAACUAAGGUCACAUCAUUUGCCAUGCUGUGCGCACAUAUUGUCAGCCUACCUAAUGACAGCCUUCGUCUUUCCUUUCCAAAGCUGUCUUCAUCACCAGCCUCUCCAUCCACCGUUCUCUCUUCUGUCCUCCUGCAUCUUAAUUUCCUCUCACUCCCAUUCCUCUUUCCUAAAACCCUGUUCCUCCUUCCCCCGCCCCUUGCAUUCCAGUCUCAAUCUCUUCGACGUGCCUUUUCUUCUUCCUGCCGGCUGGUUUCCCAGGAUGCCUUUUUCCAGGCCGCUCCGUUAGGCCCUACCAGCAUGGGCGGAGACUGGGUGGGGAGAGACAUUACGGAUUGGACCCUUCCCCUCAGGACGGGCGCACUGGCGGGUCACCCUCCCUCAGCUUCAGAUGGGCGAGGACGCUGAGAGCCCCAAAAUCAACCACACCUUCCUGCGAGACUACGUCACUGAAGCUGAUGUCAUCUCUACAGUGGAGUUUAACCAGACAGGGGACCUUCUGGCCACGGGGGACAAAGGUGGCCGGGUGGUCAUCUUUCAGAGAGAGACUGAGCCGAAAGGUGAAUCAGAGGAGGUGGGCGAGACAGGGGACUCUGGGGAGUACAAUGUCUACAGCACGUUUCAGAGCCACGAGCCUGACUUUGACUACCUGAAGAGUGUGGAGAUAGAAGAAAAAAUUAACAAGAUCAGAUGGCUGCCACAGCAGAACGCAGCACAUUUCCUCCUCUCCACCAAUGAUAAGACUAUUAAACUGUGGAAGGUAAGCGAGAGAGACAAGAGACCAGAAGGAUACAACCUGAAAGAUGAGGAGGGACGGCUCAAGGACAUCUCUACCAUCACCUCUCUACAGGUGCCAGUGCUGAAACCUACAGAUCUAAUGGUGGAGGUCCGUCCCAGAAGAGUAUUCGCUAAUGGACAUACCUACCAUGUCAACUCCAUCUCAGUCAACAGCGAUGGGGAAACCUACCUGUCUGCUGACGACCUCCGCAUCAACAUGUGGCACCUGGGCAUCACAGACCGCAGUUUCAAUAUUGUAGACAUCAAACCAGCAAACAUGGAGGAUCUGACGGAGGUGAUAACAGCGGCAGAGUUCCACCCUCACCACUGCCACUUGUUCGUGUACAGCAGCAGCAAGGGAACGCUGCGCCUCUGUGACAUGAGAGCCUCGGCUCUCUGCGACAAACAUACCAAACUUUUUGAGGAGCCUGAGGAUCCAGGGAACCGCUCCUUCUUCUCAGAGAUUAUUUCCUCUGUGUCGGAUGUUAAGUUCAGCCAUAGCGGACGUUACCUGCUGACCAGAGACUACCUCACCGCUAAGGUGUGGGAUAUCAAUAUGGAUAAAGGCCCAGUGGAGACCUUUCAGGUCCAUGAAUACCUGAGGAGUAAGCUGUGUUCCCUCUACGAAAACGACUGCAUCUUUGACAAGUUUGAGUGUGUUUGGAACAGCUCAGACAGCGUGAUUAUGACAGGGGCGUACAACAGCUUCUUCCGGAUGUUCGACAGGGAGACAGGCCGAGGCGUAACCCUGGAGGCCUGGCGAGAGAGCAGCAAGCCCCGGGCUGUACUGCGAACCCGCCGUGUGUACACUGGCGGUAAACGUCGCAGGGGCGAUGUGGGCGUCGAUAGCUUGGACUUCACCAAGAAAAUCCUGCACAUGGCUUGGCACCCAUCUGAAAAUAUAAUUGCCAUAGCAGCCACCAACAAUCUGUACAUCUUCCAGGAUCGUGUCAACCCAGAAACGCAGGCACAGUGACAAGAAUGGAAAUA